AUGGGUAUUCUUGAUAAGAUUGCUGAAAUAGAGCGUGAAAUUGCCCGCACGCAAAAAAACAAAGCCACUGAAUACCACUUGGGUUUGCUGAAAGCCAAACUUGCCAAGUACCGGGCGGAGCUGCUCAAACCGGCAGACAAAGCACAGAAAGGCGAUGGCUUUGAUGUCCUGAAGUCGGGUGACGCGCGUGUCGCAUUGAUCGGCUUCCCCUCGGUUGGAAAGUCCACACUUCUGAACGCCCUCACUUCUGCUAAAAGUGAAUGCGCCUCCUACGAGUUCACCACACUCACGUGUGUGCCCGGUGUCAUUGAGUAUGAAGGGGCCAAGAUACAGUUGCUUGAUCUCCCGGGAAUCAUCGAAGGAGCCUCUCAAGGUAAGGGUCGCGGUCGGCAGGUGAUUGCAGUUGCACGGACUGCCGACGUUAUCUUGAUGAUGUUGGAUGCCUCAAAACCCCAUAUUCAGCGAUUGCUCCUUGAAAAGGAACUGGAAAGUGUUGGCAUCCGAUUAAAUCAGAGAAAGCCGAAUGUCUACUUUAAGCAAAAGAAAACCGGAGGAAUGCAGAUUACGUCGAUGUGUCCGCUUACCCACGUCAACGACAAAAUGGUCCAGAUGAUUCUCCACGAGUACAUUUGUUUGUCAAGCAUUCCGUUUGACCUGCGCUUUGUAGAAAUUUACAAUGCCGAGGUCGUGAUUCGUGAGGACAUCACCCAGGACCAGCUGAUCGAUGUAAUUGUGGGCAACAGGGUCUACCUGAAAUGCCUCUAUGUGUACAACAAGAUUGAUCAAAUUUCGCUUGAAGAGGUCGAUGCCCUGGCACGCGAGCCCCACUCUGUGGUUAUCAGUUGCAAUCUCAAUUUAAAUCUGGAUUACCUCCUUCGAACUUUGUGGGAGUACCUCGAUCUCAUUCAAAUAUACACGAAAAAGCAAGGGAAGAAGCCGGAUCUUGACGAGGGGAUCAUUCUCCGAAACGGCGCUACAGUUGAACAUGUUUGCCAUUGUAUUCACAGAACUCUGGCCAACAAUUUCAAGUACGCAUUAGUUUGGGGAACCAGCGUGAAGUUCAGCCCACAACGAGUCGGUCUCUCGAACACCGUUAACCACCACGACGUUAUUCAGAUUGUAAAGAAGUGA